AUGGAGGGGGAGCCGCCCGCGCAGGGCCCGCCCCCCAGCGCCGCCGCCGCCUCCGCCUCCGGCCCCGGCGGCGGCGGCGGCGGCGGGGAGAAGGGCGCCCCGUGCCAGGAGUGCGGGGAGCAGCCGUGGAAGUACCGGUGCCCGGGCUGCUCGCGCCUCACCUGCAGCCUCCCCUGCGUGCAGGCCCACAAGCGCCGCACCGCCUGCUCCGGCAAGCGCCCCCGCACCGUCCCCGUCCCGCUCGCCCAGUUCGACGACAACCAGCUCCUCUCCGAUUACAACUUGUUGGAGGAGACGAGCAUGGUCAGGGAGUCAGCCCACAGGCUGCUCGGCGGCUUGGGCCGCAACUUCGGCUGCGGCUUCGAGGGACGCCAUGGCGCCCAGCUGCCGCCGUGGCUCUCCUUCCUCCGCAAGGCCGCGGAGCGCCGGGGCGUCCGGCUCGCCUUCCAACCCACUGGCAUGACCAGGAGGGAGCAGAACCGCUCGCGGCACGACAGGAGAAGUGACUGCAUAUACUGGACAGUCGAGUGGAAGUUCAAUUCAACAGAUAUUUUCCUAACUGACGAGCAGACAGACGAGAAUGCAAGCUUGCUAUCUUUAUUGGAAAAGCAUCUGACUCCUUCCCCUUGGAAGGACCAGCUUACGCCAUAUCGCAAUACUGAACUGCGUGAUUUGAAACUGUUCAUUCAGAAGUCUGCCAAGAAUUCAAAGUCGCCACACCGUCAACUCAAUAUAGAAGAGCCCUUGCGCCCCCAACUGAGGGGCACUCUUAUUGUCGAGUACCCAACUAUCAAUGUCUUCCUUCCAUCAGAUAGUUACGAGUUUCAAGUCGAGAAGCCUGCAAACAAGAUUAGCAGAAAUGAGCAGCCCCCUGGCACUUCGAAUGAUAGCCCUCCUAUAGAAGGCACCCAGUUUCAGGAGGAAGAAAUAGAGGAAGGCGAGUUGUCUCCAGAGACGCAGGUUAUUGAUCUCAAGGAUUCUGGUCCGUCACGUACCACAAAUCUUUCUCAAGUGAAGGUUACGAGUGAACCUAAGAUGGACAGCAUGCCGUCGUAUGUCCGUGGUCUGGCAUUUGGUGGUAAACAGGGGGAAGUUGAUCAACAUAGCAAGAUGGCAUCGAACAUGACUCCUGGGGCUCCAAAGGCUGAAUCCUGCAUGAAAGUCUACCCAGUGGACUUGAAGGAAGGAGUUGAAGGUGGGACCUUAGAGGGUCAGGUUAUUGACCUCAAGAACCAUGCAGCUUCAGAUCCUGCUAAAGAUAUGAAAACACCUGACACAGAUCGCAAGAUAGAUUCUUCAGUGCUGUCUCCCAUCAGUACUCUAGCAUCUGAGGUCUCGAGUCAUCCUCAGGAAGAAGAACACAACCAAGAAAGCAAGCUGACGCCAUCCGCAACCCCUGAAGCUCUGAAGAAGAGAUCUCUCACAAAAGUCUACCCGCUGGACAUCGACGACGCCCAGGGGGUACUGCUCUCGGAGCUGCCCAGCGUGGAGUUUGAGCAGGAGAUGGGAGACGCCUACGAGGAGCUGUUUGGGGACAUGAACCCCGAUGACUUCCUCGACUUUGAUCUCGGGAUGAUGGACGUGGACGGGUACGGCGAAAUGAGGUCCCCGUUGAAGCUGUGGGACGAUGAUUUGGAGGAAGGCGAGAUCCCCUCGCAGCUCUGA